GCGGUUUUCUAACUCACAGCAACCUCCGGACUCCACACUUGGCGCCUCGGUCUGGAAGGGAGCGCUCUCCGGUGCGCCCGUCGGAAGCUGUCCAAGGUCCCCAGUGCACCAGCCAGUUCGAGCCAUGCCUGAUCACACCGUCAUCGCCAUGCAGGUCGGGGGACCGGAGAAGGGGCUCACUCCGGACCCUCCCAGAGACUACCUGCUGCUCUCCCUCUUCAACAUGCUGCUGCUGGGGAACCCCUGUUGUCUCAGCUUCGUGGCGCUCGUUUAUUCGGUCAAGUCUAGGGACCGGAAGUUGGUGGGGGACAUGAAUGGGGCCUCGAGCUAUGGGAACACCUCCAAACAGAUGAACAUCUGUGCCAUGAUCCUGAAUGUGGUGAUCCUCAUCAUCAGCAUCGUAUUGAUUUAUAUAUACUUAUACCCUCUCAUCCUGAGGUUGUACCACCAGUAGAGGACUCUCUAGCCCGCCCCCUGCACCCUCAGGGCUACCUGCAUGUUCCCUAGUCCUGCUUCCAGAGAUCUGCCUGCACCAGGCAGAUCCCCUCAUUCAGCCCUACUUUCUCGUCCUAGUGGGGCAGCCCCUACUUGCCACCCCCACCAACCCUGCAAUAGACACCCAGAAGUCCAGAACACUCAGUGCUUGGGUCAAUAAAUAAAUAUUUGUGGAACCGG